UUGCAACUGCUUCAACCAGCCUGACGCUGUUCUAUAUACCCUAGUUUUUGCACUUCAUAAGUUAGGUUUGUUCGGGUUUGUUCAUCUGUAUGUUCAUGCUUGAUUCGCUAUUUCACACCUUGGUGUGCUUUUUAUUUCUUGUCACAAGUCGAAGAAGAGAUUGGUCAAUUUUAGUAAAAGUUUUUUAUUUAUAAAUGUUGGCUAGAUGUUGGCUGGUGCUGUUUUUCUUUACCUCAGUCUUUUGCCACACUUUUCAGGUUUAAUGGAGACAGUAAGUGGCCAUCACUGCAAGCCAAUCAGUGAUACGGCUCACUUCAUCCUGGUCACCUGCAGCCCCUGAGGAACUGCAGAUCAACACUGCUCCAAUAUGGAAAAGCUAGUCAAUGAAGAGGCUGACUUUGAUACUCAAGAAAAUGUGCAACCCAGCCAAGAGGCAUCAAUCAAGAGAAUUGAUAAAGGCACUGUGCACAAUAUUUGCUCUGGCCAGGUGAUAACCAGCCUCCGCUCGGCGGUAAAAGAGCUACUUGAGAACGCGCUGGAUGCCGGCGCUACUUCAGUGGAGGUCCACCUCUGCGACCACGGCGCCACCAGCAUUGAGGUCAUCGAUAACGGCAACGGAAUCACAGCGGACGACUUCGAGGCCGUAGCCCUGAAGCACCACACCUCCAAGUUGCGAGAGUUUGACGAUCUGCCCGGCGUUGGGACGUUCGGGUUCCGCGGGGAGGCUCUGGGGUCGCUGUGUGCACUGGCCGACGUGUCCAUGGUAACACGUCACCGCCAGGCGCCGGUCGCCACCCGACUCAAGUUUGAUGUAAACGGUCGUCUCAUCGAACGAACUCCAGCUGCCCGGCAGGUGGGUACGACGGUGACCGUGCGCCAGCUGUUCAGCACUCUGCCGGUACGGCGGCGGCAGUUCUGUGGCCGGGCGCGCCGUGAGGUCACGGACCUCCUGCAGCUGCUCUGGGGAUAUGCCCUGGUUGCCGACGGUGUCAGGCUGGUGUGCACCCAGCAGGCGGCCGCCGGCCGGCGCAGCGUGCUGCUGAGCUCUCCGGCCGUGGCGGCGCUGCUCGAGCGCGUGACGGCGCUGUUCGGUCAGAAGCAGACGGCCACCCUGCUGCCGCUCCAGCCGACGGCGCCGUCAGACGGGACGCGCGCCGAGUUCGGGCUGGGCGCAGCGGCCGAGCGGACACAGCCCAAAGUCACGGUGCAGGGCCUGGUGUCGUCCUGUGAGCACGGCAAGGGCCGUAGCGCGACCGACCGUCAGUUUAUCGCCAUUAACGGCCGGCCGUGUGAUCAUACCAAGAUCUGUCGCCUGGCGAACGACGUAUACCGGAGCUACAACCGCCAUCAGAGUCCCUUCCUGGUGCUGUCACUCACUCUAAGCCGACAGCACGUGGAUGUGAACGUGACGCCCGACAAGCGCAUGCUGUUCGUUCAAAACGAGAAGUUUCUGCUCGCCUGUGUCAAGGAGUCACUCGUCCAAUGUUUCGAGAGCUUGCCGUCGUCGUUCAGAGUGGCUCCGCUGGCGCCGCCCGGUCUGCCGCCGGUGACGUCACAGUCGCCCUCAGUGACGUCAUCUUCGCCUUCGGGCGGCCCGUCCGGCGACUGGAUCUCGGCCAUCAAGCGCAGCGCUCAGAAGAACGGGGGCUCGACCUCAACAGCGGCCGACAGCAGCAAACGUCAGUGUCUGGACCGUUUCUUCCGUCGGGUGCCGACUCCGGAGAAACCUGACGGAGGACCAGACGGCGGGGAGACAAUCGCCGACGACCCUGCCACCGCUGGCGAGAGUCCAGGGGAGCGCCUGCUGUCCUCUAGUGCUCCGCUAACGCCCUCUGGUGCUCCGCUAGCUACCUCCGCCGCUGUCCCUUCUGGGGUCAGUACUGCCGUCUCCGCUGCUGCCGUUCCAAACGACUGCAUUGAUGGUGACUCAGAAAUCGCUGUCAUUUAUCCGGAAACCGACUGCGACGCUGCUGAAGAGACAUCGUAUACGGACAAUUCAGUGGCGACAUGCAGUGUGGCCGAACGCCUCAAAGACACUGAUGUGGUCGAGUUGACACAGUCGUCGGAGGGAGAAUGUUAUCAGCCGCCGUGCGAGGAGGGAAACGGUCUCACAACUCCGAGGACGAACGCUGAGACUAUGGAGUGUUUGGAUGUGACGGAAGUUUCAGUAGACAGAACAGCUGGGGUCGUGAACGAAUCGGAAUCUCAAUCGGAUGGGGCGCUACAAAAGCGGGACAAAACCAAUGGCACUGUCGGCCCAUCCAUACCAACCUCUGAGCCAGUGGAGGUGGAGACGGCGAUAUCCCCCGACUCCGGUUUUACCGAGUCCUCUUCUCAGGAGAGUGAUGACGGCGCGAGGAGGCAGGGUCGGAGGCGCGCGCGGCUGGCGUUUAGUAUGGAGCAGCUGCGACGCCAGCUAACGCAGCUGGAGAGCGCCACGGCGGAGAGCGGCGGUACAGGACGCGACUGGCGGUUCCGGGCCGCCAUCAAACCGUCAGACAACUCGGCCGCAGAGGAGGAGCUCAGUCUGCAGAUCAAGAAGGACGACUUUUUGAAGAUGCGCGUGGUGGGCCAGUUCAACCUGGGCUUUCUGGUGACCCAGCUGGGACGCGACCUGUUCCUGAUUGACCAGCAUGCCACCGACGAGAAGUACAACUUCGAGCGGCUCAGUCGACAGCCGCUCUCUAAACAGCCGCUAGUUGUCCCCCAGGAGCUGGAGCUGCCGGCCACCUCCGAGGAGACGCUGCUCUCCCAGCCGGAGGUGUUCUCGGCCGCCGGGUUCCACGUGGCGGAGGACGCGGCAGCGCCGCCGGGCCGCCGUCUGCGCCUACUGGCCGCGCCCGCCGUCCAGGGCGUGGUGUGCGGCCGAUCCGACCUCGAGGAGCUCAUCUGGCUGGUACAGGAGUCGCCCGGACCGCUGACCGCUCUUAGGCCGUCGCGGGUGCGCGCGGUUCUGGCGUCCCGCGCGUGCCGCACCUCUGUGAUGAUCGGCACGGCUCUCUCUCAUUCGGGCAUGGCCCGGCUGGUGGAGCACAUGGCCGAGAUGGACCACCCCUGGAACUGUCCCCAUGGCCGGCCGACGAUGCGCCAUCUGGUGUGCCUCAACAUGCUGGAGAAAUCGUGACCGCCCGCGAUAGACUACCUAAACAGGCUGUCGGUGGUAGUCCUCUCCUUCACACCGCCUCAAAAUGCUCUAGAAGCGGUGAACGCCCGCGUCAGACCGGUAUCCUCUGAAGGACUCCUGGCCGGGCAGAUGUGGAUCAGGGCAGCGGCAGACCGUAGAGCUUGUCGCUGUGAAUGAAUGUAGUAGCUCAGCUUCGUCGUGUUGCGGGACUUGAGCCAUGUCGAUGGCGUACUGCCAUAUAAUUCCUGAAGAAUCCAGAAUUCAUAUUGCUCGGCUGUGAUUGUCAUUGUCAUAGACGAGUACGCCACUUGUCUUAUUGUGUAUCGCCACAUAAUCUUGCUUCCAUUCGCAGUUACUGGUAAAGCUGUGACUGGUGCAUACCCAGCAUUUGACGUUUUAUUUAGAUGUGCAUAUUUUUGUAGAUGCUCGUCGUCACUUUCUCUUGGUCGCAAUUGUCCCAGGCUAACGCAUAUAUGUAAAGCCAUCACCCCAUAAAACGGGGUGGGUAAUGCUUCAUUCAGACAGUAUUUCAUAGUGUGCCAACGACCAAAUGCGCAUGAAUACAUGAUGUAUGUGAAAAUAAUGAA